CGCGCCGGCUGGUAGUGUCGAGGUGAUCUUGUGUUAGAAGCCGAGUGCUUUGGUUAAACACGCUACUUCGAUGAGCGACGAACGAGAGCAGGGCCUGGUACACAGUGCGCCCAUCGGACUAUGCCCUCCCCAACUCGGGAGGAAAGCGAAGGGGAGACCGGACAGGCACAGGACGGAGCAACGGACUGCGACGGCGGGGAGAGAGGGACAGGCGGGCGUCUCGCGUGCGCUCUGGAGAUGGAGAUGACAAACCGCAGCCUGCUCGCCGACUCCAAAGUGAAUUGUGUACAUUGCGAUGGCUUGAUCAACCGAAACGGCGGGGACUCGGCAGAAGUGUCCGUGCCGCUGUGUUUGCCCGGGAAGCGGACAGCUCACAUGGAGGGAGACGAACUCCACAGACUGCGGGACAGAAAGUUUUUAUUAGAGGACAGAAAGCGCCUUUGCGCGCUGUCUUUGGGGACUGCUCUGCUCGGGAUACUGCUCAUGAUUAUCCACUCGGAGAUAUGUCCCUUCGUUUAUAAAACGGGCUCAAACAUUGCCUUAAUCGUCAAUUGUUCCAUCAGCCUGUCCACUGGGUGUCUCCUGAUCCUCAUCAUACUUUUCCACCAUAAGGACAUCAGGCUGUUUGUCAUUGACCACAAACAGGUGGACUGGCGUAUUGCCAUGAGCAGCCACAGGGUUCUUGUGAUCACUCUGGAGCUGCUGGUCUGUGUCAUCCAUCCUGUGGGCACAUACUGGGAGGUGGGCCUCCAUGCCAACUCCUCUUCCUCAGCUCCGCUCUGUAUUUCCAACCACCACGGCGAGGCCCUGAUGGACAUGGAGCUGCUGUUGUCUGUGCUGAUGUUCCUUCGCUUGUACUUGGUGCACAGAGCCAUCCUGCUGCACAGCAAAGUGCUGCUGAGCGCCUCCUACAGGAGCAUCGGCUCGCUCAACAACAUAAACUUCAGUUUCCGCUUCGUACUCAAGAUACUGAUGAACAAAUACCCGGCGCGCACGCUGCUGGCCUUCAUCCUCUUCUUCUGGCUGACUGCGUCCUGGAUGCUGACUCUGUGUGAGAGGCAGACCCCGGCAGCGACCGGCCACAUGAACACGGCUAUGUGGCUCAUCGCCAUCACCUUCCUCACCGUGGGCUACGGGGACGUGGCGCCCAACACCAGCUGUGGCAAAGCGGUGUGUCUCUUCACUGGAGUCAUGGGUGUAGCCUGCACCGCCAUGCUGGUGGCAGUUGUUACCAAGACGUUGGCGUUGAACAAAGGAGAGAAACAUGUGCACUUCUUCAUGCUGGACAUCCAGAUCUCUAAAAGGAUACGACAUGCUGCUGCCAAUGUGCUCCGGGAAUGCUGGCUUCUGCACCGCACACACCUGACCAAGGGCGACCGCGGUGAGCACCGGAGACACCAGAGAUGCCUCCUGGCAGCCAUCAGAGUGUGAGUUACUGUCUCA